CCCCUUUAGGGGCACAGGACCCUUUAGACCAGAUGGAACGGCUGUGGCUGUCCAGUUUCCUGCUUCCUGCCCUCGUGGUGUCAGUGGCAGCCAAUGUGGCCCCCACGUUCCUGGACAACAUGACGAGAGUGCAACUGCCUGAGGACCUGCCAGUGGGUGCCGAGGCCUUCUGGUUGGUAGCUCAGGACCAGGACAAUGACCAUCUGACUUAUGGGAUUAGUGGCCAAAAUGCCUACUUCUUCACUGUCACUCUGGACACUGGGAAGGUAGAGCUAGCCAGCCCUUUGGACUAUGAGACGCUCUACUGGUUCAGCAUCAACAUCUCUGUGAGUGACGGUCAGAACCAAGUGCAGAAGGAAAUGCAUGUAAUCGUGGAGGAUAGAAAUGACAACAAACCUGUUUUCCAGAACACGGACUUCUCCACCAGCAUCAGUGAGACCCUGCCAGUUGACUCCCUAGUGUUUUCUGUGCUGGCUGUGGACAAAGACACGGGGUCUGCAGGCUCGGUGGUGUACUCCAUAGACGAGGUCAUCCCCAGCACCGGGGACAGCAAGUACCUCUUCAAGAUCCUGCCCAGCGGCUCCAUCAUUCUCAAUGGCAGCCUCAGCUACAACAACAAGAGCGCCUUCUACCAGCUGAAGCUGAAGGCCUGUGACUCCGGAGGCUUGUACAACAACAGCCCCACGGUCCAGUGCUCCUCACCUGUCUUCCUGUCCAUCUCUGUGGUCGACCAGCCAGACCUGGACCCCCAGUUUGUCAGGGAGUUUUACUCGGCCUCUGUGGCUGAGGAUGCACCCCAGGGAACCUCGGUGCUGAAGGUGGAGGCUGUGGAUAGUGACAAAGGCAUCAAUGACCUCAUGACCUACAGCAUCUCCAACUCCACAAGGCCUGGCUGGUUUGACAUUGGACUGGAUGCGGUGAUCAGGGUCAGUGGUUCCCUGGACCGGGAGCAGCUGCUGGAGGAGGAGGAGGAGGUGCAGGUGCAGGUCACGGCCACCGAGAUGCACCCCAACAUCUAUGGGCAGGAGGCCAAGGUGAGCAUAUGGGUUACACUGAAGGUGACAGAUGUAAAUGACCACAAACCUGAGUUUUACAACUGCAGCCUCCCCGCCUGCACCUUCACUUCCCAAGAGGCCCAAGCCAACUUCACUGGCUCCGUGGACGAGCAUGCCUCCACCCGCAUCCCCAUCGACAAUCUCACCAUGGUGGUCCACGACCCAGACAAGGGCAGGAACGGCACCUUUCUGCUGUCCCUGGGUGGCCCUGAUGCUGAAGCCUUCAGCGUGUCCCCAGCACGGGCGGCAGGCUCAGCCGACGUGCAGGUGCUGGUGAGAGUGCCGUCGCUGGUGGACUAUGAAAGGCACACGGUGAUGCUGGUGCAGGUCAUGGCCACUGACUCAGUCAGCGGGAACUCCUCUGUCGCCUCAGUGAUCAUCCACCUCAGAGACAUUAACGACCAUAGGCCUAUGUUCCCCCACAACUUGUACAACCUCAGUGUCUGGGAGCACAGUGUCAAUGGCUUUGUGGUCACCAACACCAUCCAUGCCUUUGACCCAGACACGGGUGACGGGGGCCACAUCACCUACAGCCUGCUUCCAGGGACUGGGGCAGACGUCUUUGAGGUGGAUCCAGACUCCGGGACCGUGAGAGUGAGGAACAGCCGGCUGCUGGACCGGGAGAAGCAGGCCAUGUACCACCUCACGCUGCAGGCUACAGAUGGAGGGAACCUGUCGGCCUCCACCACACUGCAGAUUGUCCUGCUGGACAUCAAUGACAAUGAGCCUGUGGUCAGCGGCUCCUACAAUAUCUUUGUCCAGGAAGGGGAGGCCAAUGUCUCCGUGACCAUCCAGGCUCAUGACAGUGACCAGCCAGAUACCAACAACAGCCGUCUGCACUUCAGUCUGCUGCCUGGUCCCUACAGCCAAAACUUCUCUGUGGAUCCCAACAAAGGGGUCCUCAGAAACCUGGGGCCCUUGGACCGAGAGGCCAUCGAACCUGCCCUGGGGGGCCGCAUUGUACUGACUGUGUGUGUGGCUGACUGUGGUGUGCCUGUCCUCAGCACUGAGGUCAAUGUCACCAUCACUGUGGAGGAUGUCAACGAUAAUCUGCCCGUCUUCAAUCAGUCCAUCUACUCCUUCUUGGUGAAGGAGAGGGACCCAGGAGUCCUGGUGGGUGUGGUGGACGCCUGGGAUGCCGACCAGACAGAAGCCAACAACCGCAUCAGCUUCAGCCUGUCAGGGAGUGGCGCCAACAAUUUCAUGCUCCGAGGCUUGGUACUGGGGUCUGGGUGGGCUGAGGGCCGCCUCUUGCUGCCCUCGGAUGUAAGCCUGGACUAUGAGAUGCAGACCUCCUUCAAUCUGACAGUGAGUGCUGAGAACCCAGACCCCCAGGGGGAUGAGGCCAUGGUAGGAGUGUUGGUGGCUGUGGUGGAUGUGAAUGAUGAACCACCCACCCUGGACUCAGCCUCACUCCAGGGCAUCCGUGUGGCUGAGAAUGGUUCACAGUAUGGCCUGGUGGCUGAGGUGGUUGCCCGGGAUGUGGAUACCACAGCUCAGCUGGAAGUACAGCUUGUGAACGUCAUCUGUACCAAGGCUGGGGUCAAUGUGGGCAACCUGUGCCAUGGCUGGUUCUCUGUGCUGGCCAAUGGCUCUGUGUUCAUCACUGAAAGCAAGGCCAUCGACUAUGAGACCUGUGACCUGGUCACACUAGUUGUGCGGGCCUGUGACCUCACAACGGACCCCCGCUUCCAGGCAUACAGUGACAAUGGAACCCUCCCCAUCACCAUUGAGGAUGUGAAUGACAAUGCACCCUACUUUCUGCCUGAUAAUAAGACUUUUGUGAUCAUCCCAGAGCUUGUGAUGCCCAACCAGCAGGUGGCUUCUGUGCAGGCCAGAGACAGUGAUUCAGGGAGCAAUGGGGCCAUCGUGUUCUCCAUCCUCCAAGUGGAUUUCAUCGCGAAGGAUGGGGCCACAACCCCUUUCCAAGGCUUCUUCUGGGUCUCCACCUCCACAGAGGCCAACGUGUUCAUUGGCAACAUUGAGCUGGUGACCAACCUUGAUUCCACUCUCCAAGGCACCUACCAAGUGACAGUCCAGGCUCAGGACAGACCUUCUGUGGGUCCUGCCCAGAGAGCCCAAAUCACCCUGCACCUCUUCACUGUGGACCAGAGUUACCGUGUGAGGCUGCAGUUCUCCCUGACCAAGGAGGAAGUGGGCGCCAACACAGAGGCAAUUAAGGCGGCCCUUGCCCAGGCAACCAGGACUACUGUCUACAUCGUGAACAUUCAGGACAUAGAGUCCACGGCUCGGGCCCGAGGCCGUUCCUACCUUGAUGCCUACUUUGUCUUCUCAAACGGGUCUGCCCUGACACUUGAGGAGCUGAGUGUGAUGAUCCGGAAUGACCAGGACUCCCUGACACAGCUGCUGCAGCUGGGGCUGGUGGUACUGGGCUCCCAAGAGAGUCAGGAGUCAGACUUGCCGAAGAUGCUCAGUAAUGUCAUCAUAGGAUUAGGAGUGACUUUGCUGCUGGUCAUUGUGAUCAUGACCAUGGCCCUCGUGUGUGCCCGGAAGAGCUACCACCGGAAGCUUCGGGCUUUGAAUGCUGCCAAGGAGGCCCGGAGGACAGCAGCGGGGGUGAUACCAUCAACCUCUGCCAUACCUGGGACUAACAUGUACACCACUGAGCGGGCUAAUCCCAUGCUGAACCUCCCCACCAAGGACCUGGGCUUUGAGUCCCAAUCGUCCUCCAGCGACCUGGACCAUAUCAGCCUCAACUCCCUGGAUGACAACUCUGUGGACCUGGAAAAGGACAAGCAGGAAAUCAAGGAGCCUCUACACAGUCCGAUGGGGUCGGAUCUAGAGCCCCUGAGCGUGGUGCUGUCAGGAAGGAAGACAGGCAUGGGUGGACAGAAGGAGGCGGUGUCCUUCACUAAUGAUGGCCUGGACACCACAGACCUGUGAUGGGGGCCCUACCACAGGACCCUUGCCACGGAGCUCCACAUGGACCUCCCACUCUUCUGGUCCACCUGGGAAGAGGCCUUGUCACCCCUAACUACACCUACCCCUCCCUAAACAUAAUAUAUUGUGUUGCUCUGCCCC